AUGAUGAUGGUGAACUUCUUUCUCACGAAACCUCACACAAGCCCUGAUCUAAUGUCUUUCUACUUAGAUCCGAUCUCUUGUCGAGAUGAACUUGAGGCCUGGAUAUAUUUUUUCGUCUAUCUUGUCAAAGGCACCCUGCCAUGGGAAAACGAUCGUGCUGAUGAUGUGAAAUGGACAAAGAUCAAAUCAAUAAACUACGGUGAACUGUUCGAAGGGUUACCGAAACAAUAUAAAAAGAUCCUUGACACUAUCACGCGCGAAGGAUCGACUGAUCCAGUUUCGAACAACGAGUAUGAUCGUUUGGAAGAACUCACAAAAGAAAUCAUCUACAAUGUUGGUAAUAUUAAAGACGAAGAUGACAAUUUCGAUUUUGAGAGAGACCCAACAGAAGAUGAAAUACCAAGUAGUGAUAGUUCUCUCCCGAGCACACCCAUUUACUUAAAACUACUUGAGGUUGCGGUAGGUUCAAGCUGUACGUAG